AUGGUGGAAGAGGUUAUUGAGGGAUGGGCAGCUAAUAAGCUGAGCGGGGAAAUUCCAAGGCUCAUAUAUUGGAACGAAGUUUUGCAAUAUCUGGGAUUGCGAGGGAACAACUUAGUUGGUACACUCUCUCCUGAUAUGUGUCAGCUAACAGGGUUGUGUGAUGUUAGAAACAAUAGUUUGACUGGUACCAUUCCUGAGAACUUAGGCAAUUGCACUGCCUUCCAGGCAAUUGCACUGCCUUCCAGGUCUUGGAUUUUGUCUUACAACAAAGUGACUGGAGAGAUUCCAUUCAAUAUUGGGUUCUUGCAAGUAGCUACGUUAUCUUGGCAAGGAAAUCAGCUUCCAGGGCAGAUCCCAUCAGUCAUUGGCUUGAUGCAGGCACUCGCAUUGUUAGAUUUAAGCUGCAAUACGCUGAGUGGACUGAUCCCUCCCAUCCUUGGAAAUUUGACUUACACAGAGAAAUUGUAUCUGCAUGGAAACAAGCUGACUGGAUCCAUUCCCCCAGAGCUUGGGAAUAUGACAAAGCUCCACUAUCUGGAACUGAACGACAAUCGGCUCACUGGGCAUAUCCCUCCCGAACUUGGGAGGCUUACGGACUUGUUUGACCUAAAUGUUUCUAACAACAACCUUGAUGAGCAUAUACCUGAUAAUCUUAGCUCAUGCACAAAUCUCAACAGCCUCAAUGUGCACGGGAACAAAUUGAAUGGGACCAUCCCUCCUGCAUUUCAGAGACUGGAAAGUAUGACUUAUUUGAAUCUAUCCUCUAACAAUCUUAUGGCUCCCAUUCCAAUUGAGCUGUCCCAGAUUGGUAAUUUGGUUACUUUAGACCUCUCAAGUAAUAGGAUUAGUGGUUCCAUACCUUCUUCCCUUGGUGACUUGGAACACCUGCAAAAACUGAAUUUAAGCAAGAAUGAGUUGACUGGUUUUAUACCAGCCGAGUUUGGUAAUCUAAGUAGUGUCAUGGAAAUAGAUCUGUCAAAUAACCACAUUUCUGGUCCAAUACCGCAAGAGCUUGGUCAGCUUCAAAAUGUUUUAUUGUUGAAAGUGGAGAACAACAAUUUAUCAGGAGAUGUAAUGUCUCUGGUCAAUUGCCUCAGUCUUACGGUCCUAAAUGUAUCUUAUAAUAAUCUGGUUGGGGAUAUUCCUACGGGCAAAAACUUCUCGAGGUUUUCACCAGAUAGCUUCAUAGGAAAUCCAGGUCUGUGUGGCUACUGGCUCAGUUCUCCAUGCCAUGCAUCUCAUCCAACUGAGCGAGAAGAUGAGAGUGGAAGAGCUUACGGCUUAGAACUAGGCCUGGACAUGACUUGCUAUCUUGUCAGUCAUCUAUUGAUUCAAUAG